GCCGGGUCGGAUGGACUGGCUGGUCAAAGGAGCUCUUAUAAGUUUGAAAGGGGUUCUCUGCUUUAUCCCCACUUUCUCUCAAGGCCGUUUCUAAGACAUUAAUAUUGGGAAUCAGUGCUAAGACAACCACCCGCUUCGGUUAUCUGCCCUCGCAAUCGAUCGAACUAAAGCAAGUGAGGAGACAUUUAACCGCGGAAAGACAUUCAGCAUUUUACCAGAGUAAUCGCAAGAAUUGCAGUUUAUAUAUUUCGCUAUUUUAUCUUUCCGUCCUCUCCUCUCCAUCCAGUUACCCCGACCCCGUAGUCCAGACUCCAAACAGACUUGACUUUCGAAGACAAAAUGUCCGGUUCAAACGAAAUCCAGCUCACCUAUCAAGGCCGCAUCGCCAUCAUCACACUCAAUCGGCCAUCCAAGCUCAAUGCCUUGAAUGGAGACCUUUACUAUGAACUCGGAGAGAAGAUGCGUGAAGUGGCUGAACGCGAUGACAUCUUCAUCACCAUCCUGACAGGAAGAGGGCGCUUCUUCUCCGCUGGAGCCGACGUCCAUAGCACCCGUCCUUCCACCGGCAACACCGACGUCCGUCGCCAGAUCGCCCGCAACUUCGUCGUCAACAACCUUGACAUAACCCGCACCUUCUACAACCACCCCAAGAUCCUCGUCGUCGCCCUCAACGGUCCAGCCGUUGGCCUCUCUGCCGCCCUCACCGCCUUCGGAGAUUUCAUCUACGCCGCUCCCCACACUUUCCUCCUCACCCCCUUCUCCUCCCUGGGCCUCGUUGCCGAAGGAGGCGCCAGCAGAGCGCUGGUUGAGCGCCUGGGAAUUUCCAAGGCCAACGAGGCGCUGAUCAUGAGCAAACGCAUUGGCAUCGAGGACCUAGUGUCGACGGGCUAUGUCAACAAGGUGAUUAAGCCGGUCAGUGGGCGGCAGGAUGAUUCUGAUGGUUUUUUGAAGCUGGUGUUACAGGAGGUGGAGGAACGGCUGGGCACGCAUUUGAAUCAAGAUAGUAUGGUGAAGAUGAAGAGUUUGAUCCGGAUGCAUGAGCGUGAGAUUUUGGAUCGCCAGAAUGUGCAUGAGGUGUUUAUGGGGAUGGGCAGGUUUAUGGCUGGCAUCCCACAGGAGGAGUUUAGGAAGAUUGCGUCUGGUGAGAAGAAGCACAAGUUGUGAUUAUGCUUUAUCUUCUUGCAUCCUUUGAUGGUUGCGUAUGUGUUCCUUAGAGGCCUGUGGAUAGAUAUAUCUGGAUAUAUCCCUGCCUAGAC